AUGCUCGCCGAGAGGCUCACUAGGCUGUGUAUCAUGGAGAAGGCGACGACCAACAGCCCCCAUGUAUCUUUUCGCGUAACACAACUUCUUCCUAAAUUCUCGAAGUUGGAGAACCUUGCUAUCGAGUCGAUAGGAAGGAUUAUCUAUGGAGGUGACACUGGCUGGACCACGGACCCCAUUGAACUUCCCUACCUCUCUAAACUCUCUAUUCGUGCCGAGAACACCAGUUUUUUCCCUAUCAUCGUCCGAUCUUUUUUCUCUCCUGUCUUGGAGGCCGUCUCAGUCGACGCGCCGUUGGGCUGCAGCGAUAGCGCAUUUUUUCACUUAUUUGACUCCCAUACAUCAACUCUCAAAUCCCUCACGUACCAUUUCACCUACUCCCUCUCUGAACUUCGGGUCCGGGACAGUUUAUCUGAGUACGACGCAUCGAUCCUGGAGGACCCUAAGGAUUAUUAUGGCCGUAAAUGUGAAUUAUACGGCUCUCUUUGGACCAGCGCAUCCAGCAUCGAGUCCUUCAUCCUCUGCGACCACACUGACUGCUCGAUAUCAUUUCUCGAGUGUCUCAUCGCCCUUAUCUUUCGGCUCGAUCCCAAUGGAUUACUGAACGCUAUCGAGGGCUACAGGUCCAUGCCGAAACUGUUGGACUUAACUAUCCAGAUCAGGCCCAUUACGUCGGAGUGGUACCUGCAACGGUUCGCGACCAUCCUCCACAACAUUCUAGCGUCGAGAGCUCAGUUUCGAGAGUUGGCGCUAGCGGGGCUGUUGCCGCAUCUCGUAUCGAGUUUGGACUUUGAGUCACUUCGUCGUCGAGCCAGGUUACGAAUCGUUUUCAUCGUCGAGCCAUCCGACGUUUCAGAGUACGUCAAGGACAUAACCGAUACCUCUUCGAACGCUCAUUGUGACUCUGAUCUACUUGAACGACACGAAUGCAUCGACUACUGCACUUCCGUCAUUCGAGAAAAACUACAAAAGUUUGUUUCGCCGUCGCGUACUCCUUCUCUUCGCCCCGAACAGUGCUUGGAUUUAUCGUUUGGGGUUCUGAGGGAAGAAGGUCAUGCGUAUUGCGGAGAAGAAGGGUUGGAGCAGCCGUAUGAUACGAGGUUUUUGCCAACGAGAGCUACGCUCUGAGAGGUGUAUGACACGAGCCGCGAAUUUCUCUGGUGUAUUAGUAUCGGGCGAAGGAUAUCAGCAUGUACUGUUUCAAUUUGUAUUUGUU